AUGGCUACCAACGGUACCAACGGCACGUCAUCUCAUUCGAGAUUCGACAGCUCUUCGACUAUUCCCUUGUGGCUAGACGGCCAGGAAGUCAAGCUCUCGUCCACAUUCGACGUCGUUUCCCCGCUUGACCACAAAGUCCUGUAUCAGUGCUCGGCUGCCGGCGAGGAAGAUGCUCUCAAGGCCAUCGCAUCAGCAGAAAAAGCCUUCAAAACAUGGUCGAAGUCAAAACCAAUCACAAGGCGAGACAUAUUCCUGAGGGCGGCGGAGGGAUUUAAGCAGAGGAGGGACGAGCAAUUUCAUUAUAUUCAUACUGAGACUGGCGCAGCCGAAUCCAUGUUUGCAUUUGAGUAUAACCUGGCGUACGAGGCGUGUAUGAGUGUGGCGGGCCUGGUUCAAGUGGCCACUACUUCUACCAUGCCGGUUGUCGCCGAGGAGGGUAGGACUGCGAUGGUGAUCAAAGAACCCUACGGCGUAGUUCUGGGGAUUGCUCCUUGGAAUGCCCCCACCGCUCUGGGUGUGCGUGCCUGUUUGCAGCCCCUCGCAAUGGGAAACACAGUGAUCCUCAAAGGUCCAGAAGCAGCACCGGCGACAUACUACACCAUUGCGUCGGUCCUGCACGAGGCUGGGCUACCUGCGGGCUGUCUCAACACAAUCUACCAUCGACCUGCAGAUGCUGCAAAAGUCACUACCGCUCUGGUCUCCCAUCCAGCCAUCAAGAAGAUCAAUUUCACCGGCUCUACCGCAGUCGGUUCCAUUAUCGCGUCUAUGGCGGGCAAAUACCUCAAGCCAACUGUCAUGGAACUUGGUGGCAAGGCGCCCUCCAUCAUCUGCGAAGACGCCAACGUCGAGACUGCGGCGCUGCAAUGCGCGCUCGGUGCUUUCCUGCACGCCGGGCAGAUCUGCAUGGCCACCGAGCGUAUAAUCGUGAAUGCCAAGAUCGUCGACAAGUUCCGCCCCGCGCUCAAAGCCACCCUGGACCAGGUCUUCAGCGAAGAAGGCUUGGGGAUUCCACAACUUGUGACGACGGCACCGGUCGAGAAGAACAAAAAACUCGUUUCCGAUGCUCUUUCCAAGGGCGCCGUCCCCCUCCAUGGCGACCCUGAUCACCAUGAACCUUCGAAAACGAAGAUGCGGCCCGUCGUUAUCGAGAACGUGCAGCCGCACAUGGACAUCUACCACACGGAGUCGUUUGGUCCGACCGUAUCUCUGUUUGUGGUGAAUUCGGACGAGGAGGCCAUUGAAAUCGCCAACGACACCGAAUACGGUCUCGCCAGUGCCGUGUUUACAGAAGACCUCCGGCGUGGAUUGCGUAUCGCGCGUCAGAUUGAGACCGGCGCUGUGCACAUCAACUCCAUGACUGUACAUGAUGAAGCGGCUCUUCCGCACGGAGGCGCGAAGAAGAGUGGAUUUGGCCGAUUCAACAGCUUGCAGGGUCUUGAAGAAUGGGUCCGGACCAAGGCUGUCACAUGGAAGGACUGA